AUGGCCCGUAUCGCUUCGGACCCGGUUCUAGACAUCCAGCCUGAUUUUUCUUCACCCACCUUCGAGGGUCUUAGAAAUUGCAUCAUCGGAGGAACUCAGACGACACACGAAGAAGUCACCAACAAGCUUGCCACUGCAUGGGAACAAGAUCGCGACCUCAGAGUUGUCGCAUGGACAAGGCAAGUUGACGAAGACCAGCGUCUUGCAGCUCACACAGCACAAACAGAGCGGGAACGAGUAGACCAGGAACGCUUGCGCCUGGAACAAGAAGCCGAAGCAGAACUUCGCGAAGCAGAGAAGAAGAAACCAAAGAUCAACGAUUUCAAAAUCGGGGCGGCUGUCGGCGACACCCUUACCCCCUGCCCUUCCCAAUAUGCGAUCCAUAAACUCAAGUCCUUCGAGUAUGUUGAACUCUGGUACUUCAGCCCAGAUGGAUGCAGAGAGACAGCUGAUGAUGCCAAGACCAGUGCAGAUGACACCUUCGGCCUCACCAAAGUCGAAGACUUCGUCACCCUCAAACCAGUCGCAUCCUUCAAAGCCUCCCGCAAAGCCAUCCAAGACCACAGUCUUGAGUGGCGCCAAUUUGACCUUGCCAAGAACAGCUUCCUGUUGUACAUCAACAAGCUCAAAUGGCCAGACAAGCAUCAGCGAGCUCUCACGAUGUUCUUCAUGAACAUUGUGUCUCAUCCCUCCCGCUCUGAACCAUACAGAGAAUGA